GAUAUCUUCACCGCAGACCCAUAUCUCAGUUGACUCUGGAAUUUUUCUGGUGUGGUUGAAGGUUGUGCACCGCGGAGCUGUUGGAGAGGGUGAGGAUGUUGAAUAUAUCAUGGACGCUGCCGGGAGCCAGGGUCUUCGACGUCGUUAUCAGAGAUAAGAGCGAGGAGCGGGUGACGUACAACGCCAAGGUCUCUAUGACCAACCCCUAUUUCACUCCCAUUCGCGUUUACAACGUCUCCUACACCCUCAAGACUGACAACAGCAACAGGGUGAUAGUAGUAGGGAGGAUGGAGGAGCUCCAAGUGCUACUGCCGGCGAGUAAGAACAUAGUGGUGGAGGUGCCAAUUUUGGUGCCGCACAGCCAGCUGAUGGCUGACAUUGGCGGAGCUUGGAACAGCAUUUACCAGUUGGAUUUGACUGUCACCGUUGAUCUUCCACUCUCUGCUGGCCAGACUAUUCCUCUUGCCUGGGAAGGAGAGAUCAACAUGCCUCUUUGAUGGCUUCACUCUCCUUCCAUCUCCUGUAUGAUUUACCGGUUUUAAUUUGGGGUGCAAUAUGUAUCCUGUACUUACAUCUGUGUUUUCUUUGUUUUGUUUGAUGAGUGUUUCAUGCAAGUAAUUUGAAUUUUCAUGAUUGUACUUUGAUUUUGGAGGUGUGUUGUUUAAUGAAUCUCAUGCAAAGUUUGAAUUUCA